GGUGCGCGCACGUCAAUUCGCGACUAACGGGAGAGAGAGCGCUGAUGCGGCUGCUUGUGUUUGUAGCUUGGUAUACGAGUGUGUGCCGUUUCUUGGGAUGCGAUCGUAAUCAGGUAUAGUUCACAAAACUGAAUUGAAAACCCAUCGAGUCCACUACCUGCUGAACUCGACAAGACGACUGGCGAGUACGUGAGUCACCAUGUCAGAACACCAGAGGCAGCGCUCGCUCUCCACGUCUGGAGAGACCCUCUAUCAUGUGCUUGGCGUCGACAAGAAUGCCACGACAGAUGACAUCAAGAAGUCAUACAGGAAACUUGCACUGAAGUUCCACCCUGACAAGAACCCGGACAAUCCGGAGGCGGCGGACAAGUUCAAGGAGAUCAACAACGCCCACGCCAUCCUGAACGACCCCACCAAGCGCAACAUCUACGACAAGUACGGCUCUCUGGGCCUGUACGUGGCCGAGCAGUUUGGCGAGGAGAACGUCAACACCUACUUCGUCCUGUCCAGCUGGUGGGCCAAGGCGUUGUUUGUGUUCUGCGGCCUGGCUACAGGCUGUUAUUUCUGCUGCUGUCUGUGCUGCUGCUGUAACUGCUGCUGUGGGAAGUGUAAACCGCGGCCGCCCAUGGACCAGGAGCCCGAGUUCUACGUGUCCCCGGAGGACCUGGAGGCCCAGCUCCAGUCCGACGAGAGAGAGGCAGGAGAGCCCAUCAUGAUGCAGCCCUCCUCAGCCACAGAGACCACCCAGCUGACGGCCGACAGCCACACCAGCUACCGGACCGACACCGGCUUCAACUAGACCCCCCUCCUCCUGCUCCCCUCACUUUCCAACACCGGGAAGAGUAAAAGAACAGAGGAAUUGGGUGAAAAAAACGGUCAUUUCAACACUGGAGAAGGAGAGGGCCAAGCGAGUGAGAAAGGAGAGAUAUGAUGUUCGGAAUGCAAGCUGAGCUUUCACAGACAUCUCUAUCCGCCAUGAAAGCAGCAGACAUCAGCAUAUUUGUUUAGGGAAAGGGAAACAUGUUCUUGUUUCUUGGCCUUUUACCUCCACUGCUCCCGUGACCCCACCCCCCUCAUCUCCCCCCGCAAACCACUCCCACACUCCUAUGCAUAGUCUUGUAGCAUGUAGUGUUCAAACAGUUUAGGUUUGGUUUUUUCAUAUUAAUGUAUCUUAGUUGUGCAUUUACCUUUACAUGUACAUAAGUGCGAAAUGUAUGUUCAUAUCUCACGAGUAAGUGUGUAUGGAUGUGUGUACAGACAUGUAUGCAUAUAUAUAGAUAUGUAUAUUUAUGUAGGUAUAUUUAAUUUGUGUGUGUAUAUUUGUAUGCACACCUUUGUGUGUGUGCUUUGAAUGGGCCACUGUCAUUCGUGUUUUAUUUUUAUUCUUUCUUAGAAAUGCACUGGUCACGAGAACUCCUCAACCUGCAUGUGCACAGUGCUCAUGUUCUGACACCCUAGAACACCCACGCCAGGUGUGGUUUGCCGAGUGAACUCCCCCCCCCCCCCCCCCCCCCCACUGAUGAUGAUGGUGGUGAUGAGGUGUGGGUAGUGUGUGGGAACCCACAGCAUCUUUUCCCCUUUGCAUGUGACCCCCAUAGUCUAGCCAUCCUCUCUACAUGAGCUUUGCACCGUAAGAAAAAAGGAACAAGAGUCCUUCAGUAGCUAAAAUCAACAAAUCCAUGAAUGCUGUAGAUCAUACCUACAGAAUAUCAAGUCUUAUUUCUUAUCUGUUGUUUUAGUUUUAUUAAUUUAUUUUUUCUCCCUAUUGGAAAUAUAUUCCUACUCGUCUAAAUUACGUAAGUCAUUGAACGCACAGUUUAGAAUGGUCGGUUCAAAUGGUCAGAAGCUUCAUAAGCUUCUUUAAAUGUUCCUCUUCUUUAGGCAGCUGGUAAUAUUGGAAAUAAUCUAAAUAAACUGUAAUUUAUCACUGAGGCAGAACUGUUUUAAAUAGAGUUCUCCUAGCUGAUAGAAGCAAGUCACCAUUGCUUUAGUAUAUCCCCAUUUUGCUUUGCCACUAUCAAACAUAUUCAGUGUUCAUUUGCCAUAAGAAAUUUUCUCUCCCAAUUCAUGUUUGCUCAGUUUAGUGGUGUAACAGAUGCAGCAGUUGGUUAUUGGAUAUGAACUCCCUGCUCAAGAGAACAUUGUCAACAUCCUCAAAGCUGUGUAAUUUCGGUUCAAGCCAUUUUCCAAGUCUUAAUGGCAUGAGUAUGGUUUUUGAGACAGUUUGUUAAGAUUGAGACUGGUUUUCCUGACAUUGGUGACACUUUGCGCCUGGCUUAUUUAUAUUAUGUUCACCACAGCUGUAGGUUCUCAGACUGACCUGGAUUCUACAGUACCAUAUGUCUUCUUUAAGAUGAGGUCAGCAAAAGGAUUCCAGUUUCAUGAUGAGAGCCUGCUAGAAUUUCCUAUCCUAUACACAUGGGGACGGGGACGGGGACAGGCGGUGGUGAAUGUCUGUAUCAUAGAAGACUAGCCUACUUGUCACCAUCUCUUUAUGGAAAGUCAUUAACCCAGCUUCAGAUUUCCUUGAUUCUAGCAAUGAAAGACAAAUAUUUAUAAAUAAUUUGUCAUUAUCACACUCUUUAGUGGUUCAUCACUCUGUUUAACCCAAUUUAGCUAUAGAACCGGAGCACGGUGUAGUUUGAUCUGUUUGCCACAAACAGGCUUUUGUGAUAGGAAAGCACAUUGUGUCUCAAAUGGUACUGGGGAGGUUUGCCUGCCAGGUGUGGUUGAUCAAAUACUGUAGGAGGCAUUAUGGUAUGUUAGUAUGUGUCUAUGUGGCACUUUUCCAGCUUCUGAUGUUGGAAUCAGUACAGUAACUCCAUCACUCCUGAUAUUCUGUUCCCCUGGUGAAGCAUCGGUUAGUGAUUGGAAUGUGUGUGUGUGUGUGUGUGUGUGUGUGUGUGUCUGGCUGCCUGCCUGUCUGUCGGUCUGUUGAAAUCCUGUCUGAUCAAUCUGAGCCAGUCAUCACGUCUGUCUGUGGGACUGACAUGCGAGUUCCCUAUUCACAUACUCCCUAAUCAGAGCUUCUGAUUUCAAUCCAGUUCAGACUUGCAUCUUUUUCCUGGGAUGAGGUAAUUAGAUAUUAUCUUAACAGCUUAUUGCUGGAGAUGGAUCAAAUCACUUUGCCAUGAAAAUGUCUGUGUUGCCACCCUGUAUGGGACAGUUCAGUAACAAUCAAAUUACAAAAUGGUCUCUUCAUUUCCCCCCCUUCCAAAAUGUCUUUAAAUUCUUAUAUCUCCCAAUGGCCAUUUAAAUUAGACAGUGAUGACUUAUAAUAACCAUUUUAAACUUAUUGAGAGUGAAAGGGAAUUAGAAGCAUGUUUGCAUUACAUGAAAGAUGCAACACAGAGCAAUAAACAUUUAAUAUUAUUUAUCUGUGUAUCUAUUAUUUGCCAUGUUUUGGAGUUGUGUCUUGAAUUAUUGUUGAUAAUUUUACUCUUGGUAUGAGUGUUGAAAUAGGGAAUCUACUAGCCUGUAAUUUGACAGAUGGAGUUUAGUUGUAAAGCAAUGUCAAGGUACUGUAGACCUGUUGUUUUGCACUGCUUUCUGUGUUAUAUUAAUUUAUUGUUGUGAUCCUUUUUGGACUUAUUUGUAUUAUUGCAGGCUCAUUGUCUUCUGGCUGUGGGAAAGCACCAGCUACCCUAAGACCUUGCUCUAAAUUCAGCGUUUAGGUGAGAUUGCUUUGUGUGUUUUUGUUUCUCUAUAUGGGCAUCGAUGUGGACAGUAGAAACAGUUCUUUGCUUGUGCUGCUGUUAUUUUUCUCUCCUCGCUCCUCUCAGUUUUGUCCUCCAAGCACAGAUUCCAGUGUGUAUCUGUCUCGGUGAGCGCCUGUGAAAGUUCACCACUAUAGCAUGGAUAAAGUAAUGACAAGCUUUAAGGAAAGCUGGUAGGCUCCUUCCACAAAACAAAUUAUUGACUUUGAUUUCUUUACCUUUGAUGAAAUAGCAGUGGUACUCCAGAACAAUCUUAUUUAAUGCAUUUCCUUUGGAGUCCUCGUAAGAACAGAACAGCUUAUGAAAUGCAGAGCUAUCCUCCUCAUGUAAGGUGCUGGUAAUGCAUGUUCCAUAUCAAGUUUGUGCAUUCUAUAACUUAAGAUAAGUAUAUCAGAACAUCAUCUAUAUUCUUGAGCAGUGGGGUGUUUUUAAUAGUUUUUGAUAAAAUAAUACUCUCGCUAUGACGCUUCAUCAUAUAUACUAUCAUUACAUUAUUACAAUCAUUGCUGGUGUGUGUUUUGGGUGGGGGUUGGUGGGGGGGGGGGGGGAGUGUGCAAUGUGAGUCUUGUACUGGGAUCUGAAAAUUAGACUUAAGCUGUUUACAAUGCAUACUGAAUGAUUGACUAAAUUGUUCUUCAAUCCAGCCUUCAUUUUAGUGUUUCAUCCACAAGGAGGGAUCAAUAUUAAUGUCUUUUGUGUUCUCAUUCAAUUUGAGUUUGUGUUUUGCAAAUAGAAUGUUGACAUGCUUUUAACUGCCACUUAUGUGAUCAUAGAAGAGGGGAUUGAAAAGGCCAGUCUGUAAAUAAACUGAAAAUCAUACCAGUAUUAAACUGAAACCCAUGCUAUUAGAUGUCUUCAAUCAGGUAUCAUUACAAUAGCUUGUGUGUUUUAUCAUCAACAUCAAAUCACAUAAUGCAGGUUCGUAAAAAAGGGGAAGUCAUUCUUUAGUCAUGAAGGGGCUGUUAAAAGAGAAAAACACAUAUAUACAUUAGAAUGACAUACACACUAAAUAGAAUGCAAUGAAGGUACCGUAGUCCUUUUAUCUUUGCUCGUGAGAAAGCUUUUUUCAUGUGAAAUUAAAAUCAUAUAGCGCUUUUCUUCCUAUUUCUUUGGUCAAAUUUAAAAAACUGUUUCCACUAGCCAAUAAGUGAAUUGCAACAUAUGAAAGCAAUGGACAUUCUGUCAUACAAUUUCCUGCUUUGUUCAGUAUGUCUUUAAAACCAAAAAAAAUAAAGCAACCUUUUAUUGCUAUUAAUUCUGAGACCCAGUGCCCGGCCUUUCCUUUCUUUUCCUUGAUUCGAUUGGUCGUGUUACUCAUCUGUGAUUAUUUGAAGUGGAAUACCUGUCCCAAAUCCUCAAAUACUUGCUGUGGCUUCAUUGAGAUGUUGGAAAAAAAAUGCAAUGUUUGAUUGAAUGCAAAAUGUAUUUGGCAAAUUGUCUUGGAUUACAGAUCAAGAAAUGUUCUUUUAGAAUCUUUAAAUAAAUAUUUAAAAAAAAGAUUAUAUAGUGCAAAUAUAGUGAUAUGGUAAUAUGAUGCAUUAUUUAUUUUAUUUUUGUUAUGUUUUUAAUAAAUGACGGUAGUUUAAAUGGUAUGUAAUUAGAUGUUGCCAUUAAACGGUCUGUUCCACAGAAGUUAAUGGUUAAGGUCUCCUUCACAUACAGUACACGUUAAUAUGAGUAUAGUAUUUGUUUUAUGUUUUAGCAUGGUUAGUUACUGUGUCCAAAAUAAACAUGAGUAAUUUAUCUGAUUUGCUGUUGUAAAAUAAAUGUUUCUGAAGCUUAAAAA